AUGGAUAUAAAAAUCAUUGGAGAUAUUUGGGUUGGUUGGAUUAUUGGUUUUGUAAUUGCUAUUUUUCUGUGUAAUUGUGUUCUUCGCUUUCAAGAAAUUUACUAUACAUUUUAUCGUUCCCAAACACAACCCCCUCCCCCUCCUCAAGAACCAGAAGCACCUCCACCUCCUUUCUUUUCUUGGUUCCGUCUUCCACGAGUUCGUGCUCCGUCAGUUAAAGAAGAAUAUGUUGUUUAUGAGGAGGAUGUCCCAACAGCCCCAACAAUAUCCCCACCAACCGCCGGCACUUCUCACAGAAAAAAUAGAGACAGAACAUAUGAAGUAACAACAACUACAGAAUCUUUUCAUCGAACAAUAGUACCUCCAGGCACAUCACAACAACAAAGAAAUAAUAAAAACGGAGGAAAUAAUAAUGGAGGUAAUGGUGGGGGUGGUGGAGGUGGUGGAUAUGCAGCUCCGUAUUAA